AGGGAGAGAAAGUGAGCGGGAGAACGAGUGGGGGAGAAAGAGAUCAAUUGUUAGUCGUGGCCAAUUGCGACUGUUUUGUUGGGCAUCACUGUCCACGGGAUGGUUUCAUGUUGUGGCUCGUGCGUCACCCCGGAACCGUGGAAAGGAAAAGUGGGAAUGUAACUGGACUCAAAGUCUCCCUACCCUGCGGCAAAGCGACCAAGAUGCGGUUGCAGAAGCACCUGUGAUCGGAUUUCCCACAACUUUUAAUUUAGGCAUAAUUAUUUUGAAGUAUAACCAGAGCAUAAACAACUCUCCGAAGUGUCACCUGAUAAGCUACUAUGACCUCCAAAGAGCCCACGGUUAUGCAGGACCGGAGACGCAGUGCGCUGAACCAGCUCCCGCCGCCGGCCAUCUCCAGCAAGCCCCUGACGCCGUUCAGUAUAGAGGACAUCCUGAACAAGCCCUCGGUGAAGAGAAGUUACUCCAGCUGCGGGACGGCGCACAUGCUCUCCUGCAGCGAGAAGCUGUCCUCUUCGGGUCACAGUCUGUGCAGCCGUGCCUUUUUCACCCAAACCUCCCCACUCUGCGCUCUGGAGGAGCUAGCCAGCAAAACCUUCAAAGGCCUCGAAGUCAGUGUUCUUCAAGCGGCAGAAGGGCGAGACGGCACGACACUAUUCGGUUCGCGGAAUAACCCCAAAAAGCGCCGGAAGUCUCGCACGGCCUUCACCAACCACCAGAUCUACGAGUUGGAGAAGCGAUUCUUGUACCAGAAGUACCUGAGUCCAGCUGACCGUGACCAGAUAGCACAGCAGCUCGGCCUCACCAAUGCACAGGUCAUCACCUGGUUCCAAAACCGGCGCGCUAAACUCAAACGCGACCUGGAGGAGAUGAAGGCGGACGUGGAGUCGGCCAAAGCCGUGGGCACAGUGUCUUUCGAGAAAAUGGCCAAACUAGCCGAGCUGGAGAAAUGCGCAGCUAACGGCGCGCUGGGCCCUAACAGAGCCGAGUCACCUUCGCUAUUGAACCAUGAGCAUGACACAUCUAACAAACUAUUAUUGUCCUCGCCUUCAUCGCCAUAUACAGACCAUGCUAGCAGUAAGGGCUGCUCCGACGAUGAGGAGAUUGACGUGGAUGACUGAGGAUUUUACCUUUGUAUCUAUCUCCCUCUUACCACGACGAAAGUGCCAUUAAUGCACCACAUGUACUCAUGAGGCUUUUAUGAAGAACACUCAGCAUCGCAUGAACUGUGUCAUCUGCAACGACAGACGCGGGCAGCUGUUGUAUUCAUCCAUUCAUUUAACCAACGUGGAAUAGUUUAAAGAAAAGCAAUAUGUACACUUAACCUAUCCACAAAUUAUCUGUCCACACACACACACACACACACACACACAGACAGUCUUACCAUUACGGGCUAAUAACACUAGCUAGUAACUCAACCUAUGAAUUAUUUGAAUGCAUGUUUUAUUUUAAACGACUGUAAUGGUUUGAAUAUUAUAGGGACAUUCAUAUUGAAAUACACAAAACAUACUGUAUGUUAGGCUGUGUGUGUGUGUUAUAACUAGGCCUACAUAUGUCAAACGUUUGAUAACGAUGGGAAUACAUUUUCUAAAAUAAUAAUCAAAGAUAAAUCAUAUUUCACCUGGUUGCUUGCAAUAUCAGUCACAUUUGAAUAUAUUUAUAAUGGUUUGUAUACCUGUAAGUGCCUUUUAAUGCCAGAACAUCAUUUACAACCUAAUGUAGGCAUAUGAAGUGUAAUGUAUUCCAAAAUAAAACGUUUCGUUUCUCACUAUUCCCAUUCAUUUUAUUGAAGAACAGGCCUAAAUAGCAUGAAAUGCUUUUGGGACCAUUGUUAGUUUAAUUCCAGCUCUUAUUGCAAUCAGCAUUCUAUAUUAUAAUGACAUAUUUUAGUUGUUUCCAAAUAUUUGCUCACAUUCCGGUCCAAUAUUAAAUUAACAUGCACCUCGAGGCAAAAUAUCAUUUUUCUUUCACAUUGAAAAUACAUUGAACACAAUGAAAACCUGCUUUCUGACCCGGCAAAGUGUGUUUUCAUUUCCUCAAUAGAAUUGUUGUGAGAAACGCCAAUCUGGAGCACAGAGGCCAUAAAGGAGGCACAAAAACGUCGAGUUCUGGGCCAGCUUCUCCAGGCUGUUUGUGAGUUUUUCACUCACUCUCUACGUAGAAGCGUGAAACCGGCGGACAAAUGAGUACUGCUCCCCGGUGUGACAGCGGCAAUGGGGCAAGGGCGAACUCCAGCCGCGCGCAAUACGGAGACAAGCGUGUCCCAUUCCACAUAAAAGGACACAAACGAUUGGAGGCCAUAUGGUUUCUGAGGUUUCCUCACAAUUCCAGUCAAUUUGAUGGAUUGAUUAAACCCUCCUUUUUUUUGCUACAAAGGCUGUAAUGCAUACAUAGUUCCUCUGAGGGCAUCUGGGCUCAUCAUAGCUAUCACUGUCGACCCUUUUUUUACUCGCGCGUCUUUAACAAGUCUAUGCAUCACAAUUGAAGUCUCAUUCUGGAGAGGGGUCUGGUCUGUGCUUUGUGUUUGUGUGAGGAGCUAGAAAUAAUACGUUUGGCUUUUUGGGCGAUAGAUCUUCCAUCAGUUCAUCUUGUGGCCUGGGUGUUUUUCAUGCUAAGUAGGGAAGUCCCAUGUUUAAACGGUGACAUUUGUGCGAUUGGUAGAGAGCUUUGUUUUCGUUUUGUGUUCUUCUGUUAGCUACCUUUCUUUGUCUAUGACCUUUUUUUAUGAAGUUGAGAGCCUAAUAAUCUGAACCCAAGAUGUUAAUAAUUUAUUAUGGAGUUAGAUUUAAUAUAGAUACAUAACGCACUAGGCCUAAUAGAAAACUCGCCUUUGAAGUUGAGAAUCGAGGAUAAUUCUUCAACCAAUUUUAUUAAAAACUAUUAUCUAGGAUGCCUACUAUAAAUGUAUUGUUUUCAGUUAGGCCUAGUUUAAUGAAAGCCUCAUUGCAUUCAAUCCACAUAAUUAUUAUUAGGCUGUCGUCAUAAUAAUAAUAAUACUUAUCAUCAUUAUUAUUAUUUGUAUUCAUUAUUAUUAUUAUUAGUAGUAGUAGUAAUUGUAGUAGUAGUAAUUGUAGU